UUGUUCUUUCUUUUCUUAACACUACAAUAUGGUGCUUUCCUCCGUGCACGUAAUGUAUUAACGUUUACGCCGUUUGCGUAGGCACUUCUUCGUCCUCCAUUGUCUAGCACACACGAGUAGACGAUGUGAAACAGCGCCCUCUGCGGUCACAGUUUCUGAUGGGUCACAGAUUUCGCAGAUCAUUUGAAGUCCGUCAGAAUAAGCUAGGAUUCAAUCGGAAGCUCGUUAGUUAAACUUUCAAAACAAAAGCAACAGGGGUAAACGUAAACUGUGAUUAAAUCCACUCCACAGUCCUCUUAUAGCAUAGAAGGUAUCAGCCAAAUUCGUCUUUCACAACCACAAAACGUAUUUUAAAGAAACGGUAUUUUUAAAGAUAAAGUGCAAAAUCCAGGACCAAGAGACCAAGGGGUCAGAGAGCGAAGAAGACCCUCCAGGACGCCGAUAUCAAUGGGUUCUUCUUCGUCGCAGACUGAACACCAGUAGGAGCACCGUCCUUUAUCUCCCACUGCAUUCUCACACAUGCACAUAAACAUACACAUAAACAUAUAAUACACAUGAAUACACAUACAUAGACAUACAGAUGUCAUACAUAACACUCUGCUUGUAGAGUUAAACCUUUUUAAAUAGAUCCUACUUUUUUUAGGAAAUAAUUGAAAUGUUUUUUUCUAUUAUCACCCUUUUGUCUGGUUUUGGUUUUAUUGUUAAAAUCUUGAACAGGAAGCGCAGAGUCCCUCUCCGCGGUGUUGUGGUUACGCGGUUCCGCUGCCGCAGUUAGGAGAGCGCAAAACGUGAGGAGGACACGAGAGGAGCACUGCGCCGGACAGGAGUCGGUGGACGACAUAAAUGGCCCCUUGUGUCUAACUAGUGAAGAAUGGGCUCCACGCUGUCGCAGCCAUGGCCAGAUCCACCAACAGAAGCGCCGAUGACGGGGGCUCGCGGGGAACGGCCCCCACUGCACGCGGGGAGGCGCGCGACCUGUCCGAGCCCCGGGAACUGUCUCUGGAAGAGGUGCUGAAGUCCUACGAGCAGCCCAUCAACGAGGAGCAGGCGUGGGCGGUGUGCUACCAGUGCUGCAGCGGGUCGAGGGGGCCCCGCCCGCCCGCCGGGAGAGUCAUCCGGGUGGACGACCCGUCCUCCAUCCUCCUGCAGAGGGACGGAACCGUGUCACUGCGGCACGAGCCGCGACGCAACGAUGACACCGAUGGACCUCCUCCUCCACCUGCUGCAGAGCGUCAGCUGGUCCAGUCGCUGGGCGUGGCCAUCUACCGCGCUCUGGACUGGGGGCUGGAUGACAGCGAGGAGCGGGAGCUCAGCCCCCAGCUGGAGCGCCUCAUAGAGCGCAUGGCCGGAGGGGAGCAGGGCGGGGAGGGCGUCUGCACCGCCGGCAAGCUCACCUCGGACGAAGGGUACAGCGGCCAGGACGAGGAGGACGAGGAGGAGGAGGAGCGGGAGGGAGCCAUGAGGCCGGUGUCCACCUUCCGCCAGGUGAUGGCGCUGUGCGCGUCCCGGCUGGCCGACCCCAGCUUGGCGCCAGAACACUACCAGGCCGUCUGCAGGGCUCUGUUUGUGGAGACGCUGGAGCUGCAGACCUUCCUCACCAAGAUCCGAGAUGCCAAGGAGAUGCUGAAGAAGAUUACCAAAGAGGAUGCUGUGGAGGACAAGUCCACGGCUGAGCUGGACGCCCUGAAGCACACAGACUGGGCGCGUCUCUGGGUGCAGCUGAUGAAGGAGCUCAGGCAUGGUGUGAAGCUGAAGAAGGUCCAGGAGCAGCCGUUUAACCUGCUGCCCACCGAGUUCAGCUUCACGCCCUUCGAGAUGCUGAUGCAGGACAUUCGCACCCGCAAGUUCCAGCUACGCAAAGUCAUGGUGGACGGGGACAUUCCCACCAGAGUGAAGAGAAACGCCCACGAAUUAAUCCUGGAUUUCAUCAGGUCAAGACCUCCUCUCAGACCAGCUUCGGAGCGCUGCCUCCCCCCUCCCCCCCUGCAGCCGCAGUCGCUUCACGAAAAGGUCCUGGCUGGGAUCAAGCAGGAGCGGAAGCUCAGGCCGGUGGUGGUGCCCAGCUCCAGACCAUUCGGCUCUCUGCCCUGCCUGGCUCAGACUUGUCCUUGCGACGUCAAAUCCACGUCGUGCAUCGACCUGUCCCUGUCGGAACCAAAGCCGGCAUCCCGCCCCCGCAUCUUGCUCAAGGCCCCAACUCUGGCCGAGAUGGAGGAGAUGAACAUAUCUGAGGAGGAGGAGUCCCCAGACUGCGGGGAGCUGAGAAGGACGGAGAGCUCCCCCACCCCUCUGAAAAGAGACCGCUCCUUCUCGGAGCACGACCUGGCCUUGCUGCGCGCCGAGAUGCUCUCCUCGCCCUCCGAUGCGGUCCAGCUGGAUGGGGCGGUCAGGUUGAGGGGGGAGAGGCCUCGGUCCAGGACGCUAACUGGGGCCGGACCGCCCCCUUAUCACAGAGCUUCUUACCCGGUUCUGGGCUGGGUGCCGCCCUCCCCGGCCCGCCUGUCUCUGAGCUCAGUCGACGAGAGCACGGAGAGGUCGGACACGCCGUCCGGCUCCAGAGCUGGAGACGAGCACCAGUUGAUGGAGGAGUUUAGUCACCCGGUGGAGAGUCUCGCCUUGACGGUGGAUGAGGUCAUCAAUGUGCGCCGAGUGCUGGUCAAAGCGGAGAUGGAGAAGUUUCUUCCGAACAAAGAGCUUUACAAUAACCUGAAGCGAGGCAAGGUUUGCUGCUGCUGCAAGGUGAAAUUCCCUCUCUUCUCAUGGCCGUCUACCUGCUUACUGUGUAAAAGAGCUGUCUGUGGCUCCUGCAGUGCAAAGAUGAAGAUUCCCUCGAAGAAGGUGUCCCACAUUCCUGUGUACACCGUCGGCUUCCACAGCACUCCGAGGAGCCACGGACACAAGAGCCAAGUCUAUAAUUUCCAUCUGGGCCCUGCAGGUCCCUGCGCAGCUUGUCCCGCCGCUCCGUGGAGGAGGAGUUUCCCCACCUGUACACACACGGCUGCACGCUGCGCGACAUCUGUGCCGAAUGUACCAAAUUCGUCGCCGACGUCAUUUCCUCCAGCCGCCGGAGUCUGGACAUCCUCAACAACACCCCCAAGAGGGAGGCCGCCCCUCAGAGACCACAACUGCAACGCCAAUCACACCUCCAGACCUGCCCCCGGCCUCACCCUCAGUGUCACCCUCCUCCUUAAUCACAGAGUCAGACCCAUCACCACAAACCAUCGCCGUGUCCUUCGCCGCAUCUCCACAACAAUGUGAACCAAUCAGCUUGGUAUGGACACAUGCUCGCGCACACACACACACACACGUGUGCGCUCCAUUGUGCGUUUUGCUCCUGUGCUACACUGUGUUGCACCAUCAAAGUUCUUUAAAUAUUGCUGCAUGCAGCAUUGAGUGCGUUUUUUAACAGAUAAAAGGUUUUUAACCCAUUCUUCCAUCAGGCUCCUUAACGAGAAAAAGUAGUUCUUUAAGGGUUUUAAUAGUUACAUGCACACCAGUAAGAACUCAAAUAGCUGUUGGUUCAAAUAGACACAAUCCAGUGGGUGGUGCUGUCAAUGUUCCUGGGAGGAGGCUUACAUUGAUAUUUAAUGGUUAUGCUCUGGUAAAUAUCUAUAAAACUAUUCUGUGGCUGCUUUCAACCCUUUUCGCAAGGAGCUAGAGACUCUUAAACCACCAGGUCGACCCAUCAUCCAGUUACCAACCCGUUAUCCUCCAUAUCUCACUGUGGUUCCCAGCAGAUGAGCCCCAAGUCACCUUUUUAGGUGAAGUGGAAGGCGGUUGUGUCAGUACACGGGGAGAGAUGAGGGGGGGAUGAUGGAGUCCUGCCCGGAGGGGGUGUUGGGGUGAUGGUCCCUUGAGGCGUGGCUUAGAGUCAACGUGGAUCCGUGGCGCUUUAGCCCCCCGUGGUUGCCUUCUUGUUUGUUUUAUUUUGUCAUGAAUGUAAUUUAGGACACAGGGACAGAAUUGUAAAAUGACAAGCUUGUACACAGCGUAAAAUCAAGUAUUAUUUAUCACCCGGAAAAGUGCAUAACGAGGCCCAUGGCCAGCCGGACGAGGUGGCGACACUGUGAAUGUAUCGGGCUGCAGACCAAGACCACACCACCUUUUUUUCUUCUUUUGUUACCGACGCAGCGGGAUGAUGCUUAUUUGAAGCGAGCCGGAGGAAGUCCCGCCUCUUUCACUCCCUGCGGACGCUUGCAAUCUGCCCUGGUUUUGUACACUAUGUAAAGCUCAACUGCAAUAAAAUGUAACAACGAA